AUGGCUAGUAAUUGGACUGUGUGUGGUGUCUGUGACUUCCGGAACAUUCAAAAAACGUCCGUUGUGUGGUGUUCUGAAUGUGACGAGGGACUUUGUGACGAAUGUAAAGAACAUCAUAGUGCUGUAAAAUCAUCCCGAAACCACAGAGUUAUCCCAGUCACUGAGUACAAGAAACUACCGUUGAACGUAUUAGAAAUUACACAAACAUGUCAAAAACACAAAGAGCAAUAUCAAAUAUUCUGUAAGAAACAUGAUUGCCCGUGCUGUAGAAGAUGUGUCAUAGAGACGCAUAAUGAAUGUAAAGAUUUGACGGCAAUUGACGACAUCAUCCAUGAUAUUAAAUCAUCAAAUGCAUUUCUUGAGUUAGAAAGACAGCUAUCGGAAUUAUUAGAGAAUUUCAAAAGAGUCAAAAGUGAUCGUAUUAAAAAUUUAAAAAACAUUAAGGAAGAGAGAGAUAUGAUUGCACAUGAUAUCGAGCAAACCCGUAAUAAGAUAAACGAGUAUCUAGAUAAGAUACAAGAUAAUCUGUUUAAGGAACUUGAUUUUACUGAAGAAAACGAAGGCAAGAAAAUUAAGCAGUUGUUGUCUUCCAUUGAAGAGAAUGAAAGAGAGAUUACUGAUUUACAAGUUUAUCUUACUAAUAUUAAGCAACAUGCAUCAAACCUUCAAGCAUUCUUAGCAAUGAAGCACAUUGAAAAACAGGUGGCUGACAAAGAAAAAUCUAUCGAGUUUAUUGUUCGAAGCGAAGACAUGAAGACAAAGACCCUUUCUUAUGUGGUUAAUGAAAAUGUGCAGAAUUUGACGGAAAUUCAAAAUUUGGGGUCCAUUAUUGUUGAUUCAAAAUCAUGCGAAGUUGUUUUAACAGGAAACAAAAAACAACAAGCUCAGAUGACUGUACCUUAUACAGAAUCCAAAAACAUUGAUGAUAUCAAAGUUAAAAAAGUAAUGAAAAUUAGUUUGCAGAGUAAGGUUAUUAGAGGAUGUGCAAUUCUUCCAAAUGGAAAAAUGAUGUUUUGUUUUGAAGAUGUUAAGAAAAUAGUAGCAUUUAAUAGCAAUGGUACGAAUGAUUUUGAAAUCAACCUGGAUAUACAACCAUUCGAUUUGGCGUAUAUUGAAGCAGACAAUACCGUUGCUGUGACCAGUGGUGCCUUUGUUGAACGGAUUAUUCAUAUCAUUGACCUGAACAGUAAAAGCAUUAAGAAAUCUAUCAAAUCUACAUUAUUUCCUUAUUAUGGGAUAGCAUUAAGACAAAAUGCCAUUGUUUUACUGUGA